CCGUAGGCUUAAGAUGGCGGCUGAACGGCUCGCGCAUGCGCCCUGAGAAGGAGCUGAGUUUUCCAGGGCCGCUGGAGAAACAAACUUGAACGAGGUCGGAGGAGGCUGAAACCGUCUUGGGUCGGUCAGGAGAGGAGACGAAGUGAGGGGGUGCUUUCCGUCUUGCAAGAUGUCCGAAGGAACUUCAAGUGGCGAUCCCGAGAGUGGCCGGCCCUCGCUUCCUCCUGCUCGAGGAUUAAUAGGGAGAAGGACUCCCGCGCCCAUCUCGGCAGGCCGCCUGCCUUCCAUCCGCUCCCGAGAUCUUACCCUUGGCGGGGUGAAAAAGAAAACCUUUGCCCCUAACAUCAUUAGCAGGAAAAUCAAAGAAGAGCCCAAGGAGGACCUUUCUGCCCUGAAAGAGAAGAAGGACCGCGAUCGAGAUCGGCAACGGGAAAGUCAUGGACGAGGCAGAGGGAGGCCAGAAGUUAUUCAGUCGCACUCCAUCUUUGAGCAAGGCCCAGCAGAAAUGAUGAGGAAGAAAGGUACCUGGGAUAAGUCUGUGGAUAUGUCCGACUUUGGCCCAUCCCACAUCAUCAACAUAAAGAAAGAGAAGAGGGAGACAGAUGAAGAGACUAAGAAGAUCUUGCGCAUGUUGGAGAAAGAUGACUUCCUGGAUGACCCAGGCUUGAAAAAUGACAUUCGAAACAAGCCGGUUCAGCUGCCUCUGGCACAUUCUGGUUGGCUUUUCAAGGAAGAAGGGGACGAUCAGGAAGACGGCAAGCUAUUGAACGCCAGCCAUAAAGAGGAGGAGCUGGAAACAGGUGGAUCUUCUUCAGUGAAAGUGAAAGAAGAACCCCACGAUGAAGAGGAGACGCCAUGCGCCCAGGCUCCAGCACCCACAAAAAACCCUCCUCCCUUCCCUCAUGAUGUCUCCCUGGCGGAACUGCUGCCAAAGUUGAGUCUUUCCAAGGAGGAAGAGCUACUCUUCCUGCAGCUGCCAGACACUCUCCCGGGACAGCCGCCCACACAGGACACGAAGCCGCUGAAAACCGAAGUGCAGAACGAGGAUGGGCAGAUGAUGGUGAUAAAACAGGAGAAAACGCAGGAGACCAAGGAAGCGGAGAAUACCUGCACCCUGGGGGACCUCUCAGAAGGGCAAGUGGGGAAGUUGCUGAUCCGCAAAUCGGGAAAAGUGCAACUUGUUCUCGGCCAGGUGACUCUGGACAUAACUACGGGAACACCCUGCUCCUUUCUUCAGGAGCUGGUGUCAGUCAGCAUUGGGGACAAUCGGAGCGGCGAGAUGAUCGUCUUGGGCCAUGUGAAGCACAAGCUGGUUUGUGCUCCAGAUUUUGAAUCCUUGCUGGCGUACAAGCAUCGAUAGGACUGCUGCAAAACAAACCCUCUUUUGCCAGGGUAGCUGGUGGUUCUGCCUAAACAGCAAGGAUUUGAGCUCUUCCCAAAGUGCCUGCUCCUAAGUUGAGGAAGACAGAAGCGUUUCUGGGAAGACUCUGGUAGAAGAGAGGCAACGUUCAUGGGAACGAGACUGACAAACAUCUUGCUGUCGGAGAUUUAUCUGGAGCUCUAGAAUCUCGGGGGGUAGGGGAAAGAGUCCGAAGGACUUGCUGCGUCCUUCCUCCCAGUUCCAUACAGGAUGUGACUUGCACCCUUGUAACGACUUUUAAUGACUCAAAUAAGUGCACGCUACCCGGUGAUAUGAUCCCAAAGGGAGAUUGGAAAAACCGCGAGCCUUGGAGCCAAGAUUACCUGUUUAAGCAGCUGUUUCCUACAGAUGCUUAGAGAAGAUGUCACCGUUCCAAACAUCUGCAGGAGAUCGCACAAUGAUGCCUUUUCUCUUUCGCCUUCUGGAGCUUAACUACCACCCAGCGCAGUUAGGAGAAAAGGGUACGAGUGUGGAGAGGUGUGGGAAGACACAUCAGACCAGGGGUCUGCAACCUUAAAUGCUCAAAGAGCCAUUUGGACCCAUUUCCCACAGUAGAGAAAACACCGGGAGCCACAAAACCUGGGUGGGCGUGGCCAACUCGAUGUCACUCACUUCCACCAGUCACAUGACACACACACCCCUAGCCACGCCUAUCCAGCCGGUCAUUAGGGCAGAGAACCAUUUGUUAAAAAACACCGGGAACCACAAAAUCCUUUUGACAUAUCUCUCUCUCCCCUUCCUCCCUCUCUCCCUGUAUCUCUCUAAGUCUCUCUCUCUUCCCCUCUCUCUGUAUCUCUCUAUGUCUCUCUCCCUCUCUCUCUGUAUCUCUCUGUCUCUCUCUCUUCCCCUCUCUCUGUAUCUCUGUCUCUCUCCCUCUCUCUGUAUCUCUCUAAGUCUCUCUCUCUUCCCCUCUGUCUGUAUCUCUCUCUGUCUCUCUCCCUCUCUCUCUGUAUCUCUCUAUGUCUCUCUCUCUUCCCCUCUCUCUGUAUCUCUCUAUGUCUCUCUCCCUCUCUCUCUGUAUCUCUCUAUGUCUCUCUCUUCCCCUCUCUGUAUCUCUAUGUCUCUCUCCCUCUCUGUAUCUCUCUAAGUCUCUCUCUCUUCCCCUCUGUCUGUAUCUCUCUAUGUCUCUCUCUCUUCCCUUCUCUCUGUAUCUCUCUAUGUCUCUCUCUUCCCCUCUCUCUGAUCUCUGUCUCCCCCUCUCUCUGUAUCUCUCUGUCUCUGCCCUGGCCGCUUCUCCCAUCCCCCGCCGUCGCCCUUACCUUCUCAGGCCAGGCGAGGAGUAACUGGGAGGGGAAGGUGAGGGGCGGGGCCAGCAAGUGGUGGGAUCACCUGACAGGGAGCCACACAGGGCCCAAAGAGCCGCAUGCGGCUCCGGAGCUGCAGGUUGCUGACCCCUGCAUUAGACUGUCUUCUGCAAUCACAUCUCCUGUACAUCGCUUGUCCAGACCACCUCACCAUACUUGGUGAGGUUUUUUUCUUAAGGCUACUUUCGUCCUAUCUAUAAACAGCCAGGCCGAGGAAAAAAAUGUAUCUAGUUGACAAGCCCUGCCAUUUCUCGUAUUUAUAAUGCUGAGCAUGACAAAAAGCUGCAACGGGGCUUCUUUUAUAAAUGGCGAAGGCAAAGAGGGAACGUCUCUUGCUUUUAAUCUGGCUUUCCUUUCCCUCUACUUGAAGCGGCCAAGCAUCGCCGGGCCUGUGGUCCUCAGGGAAAGAUUCCUGCAGUGGCAGAGGGGACAGGAAGUCCUGGAUGGUGGUUCCUCUGUCUAUGAAAAAAAAAGGAAGUUAUUUCGUCAUCAGAAAAGCACAUUCUGACCAUUAUAGCCAAAAUGUCUCUCCCCACACUUCUGUCUGGUCUCUGUGUCUGUGUGUGUUUCUCUCUGUCUCUCUGUCUCUCCCUCCCUCCCUCUCUCUGUCUCUGUCUGUCUCUCUCUCUCUCUCUCUCUCCCCCUCCAUCCCUCCCUUCCUCUUUCUCUCUCUCUGUUUCUCUCUCCAUCCCUCCCUCUCCCUCCCUCUCUCUCUGUCUCCGUUUCUCUGUCUCUCUCUCCCUCCCUCCCUCCUUCCCUCUGUCACUCUCCCUCCCUCUCUUGCACUCUCUCUCUCUCUCUCUCACACACACACACACAAACAAACCUAUUGAAUUCAAUGCUCUGGUUUAAAAUGAUUCUCCUUUCUCACACUGCCUUGGACUUCAGACACGAUGGCAAGGAAGUUGUGGUUUGCUUACCUUUGUUACCUACCAUACUUUGCUAAAGAGGACAAUUAAGCGUUUAAAGAUUUUUAGAGAGCAGCAGCUGAAGUAUUUAUGCUGCUUGGGGUUAUGUUCUUCACCGCAUUUGGGAAAUCAUAAAUCCGAGAAAGCGUACGGUAGCAUUGACUACAAAGGUUACUUCUCUGUUGAGGCAUCUUUUUUUUUUUUCAACUGGGUACCUUUAUUUGAUCUUCUUGGUUAGCCAAAUGGGAGAGAGCCACAACUUUGCGGUCAAGUUGUCGGCAUGUAUUUAUCAUCUGUAUUAUCUGUAAAUAAAAGUGGACUUGAAUGA